CCGGGGCCUAGGCAGCGCCUCCGGGCUGCCGCGCUCACCUGGGCCCCGAAGGGGGAGAUUUCGGUGUUAGCCUGAGCUUCCUGCCAGGCCAGGAGAUGCAGGUAGCAGAUCGACGAGGGCGGGCCAGGACGUGCCGGCCGGGGAGGGAGAUCGCGGGACACUUGUAUCCUGCCUUCGCCGCUCACAGCCACCGUUUGUCCCGGUUCCAGCUGCGUCGUAACUACCCAUCGUCGUUUCUCCACAGCCCAGAGCAUGUUCCAGAUUCCAGAGUUUGAGCCAAGUGAGCAGGAAGACUCCAGCUCUGCAGACAGGGGCCUGAGCCCCAGCCUCCUGGGGGACCACAGUCGCCAGCAGGGACUGCCAGCCAACCGCAGCCACCAUGGAGGCGCCGGUGCUGUGGAGACCAGGAGUCGCCAUAGCUCGUACCCCGCGGGGAUGGAGGAGGACGAAGGGUUGGAAGAGGAGCCUAGCCCCUUUCGGGGUCGCUCGCGCUCGGCUCCCCCUAACCUCUGGGCUGCUAGGCGCUAUGGCCGCGAGCUCCGGAGGAUGAGUGACGAGUUCGACGGCUCCUUUAAGGGACUCCCUCGCCCGAGAAGCGCGGGCACCGCGACGCAGAUGCGGCAGAGCUCCAGCUGGACGCGCAUCUUCCAGUCUUGGUGGGACCGGAACUUGGGGCGAGGCUCCGCCCCCUCUCAGUGACCUCUUGCCCCCUCCGGGGCCCCACCCGCUCCCGGCGGCUGCCAUCUUGGAUAUGGGCGGAAGUCGCUCCCGAAGGCCUCGUGCGAGCGGGCGGGUCGUGAGCCAGCGCCGGGUUCCCUUCCGAGCCGCGCGGGGGUGGCCCCCGCGGGGAGCUUCCACGCCCCCGCCGCCCGGAAGCGGCCCCCGGCCCGGGCCCGGGCGAGCGCCUCGGCCGAGCCUGCAGCCGAGGUGAGAUUUUAACCGAUGCUCGACCGGGCCGGGCCGCGCCGCCCUCCACUCACGUGCUAAUAAAGGACGUGCCUGCGAGGCCCGUGGGGCUCUGUGGGUGCGGAAAGCGCCGUCA